ACGAGUCGGUCAGGUGACUCGUUCAUUUACGGAGGGUUUCGGGAAACGCUCGGUAAUUCAGGAACCUUCCAACGAAUGGGAAAACGAAGUACUUUAGCGUUGGGAACGAUAUGAACCCACCAGUGAACAGGUGAACAGACUCUAACGCCGCCUCCGCCUGCCCCUGUCACACAGCAGCACAGCUCUGGUCUGAAGAACAUCACCGCAGGAAACUGAGUAUCGAGUCAGACUCGGUUCUUUCUUCUUCUUCCCCACCAGUCAAGACUUGAGAAUAGAAGAAACUCUACAUUUUCCCCUUCUCAUGACGAAGGCGAGUAAGAAUACAAGUUUUGCAGGCAUUGUUCAGUCACACACCAUCCACAAGAGGAGGACCAAACUGUUGGACCUCCGUUCAUGUUUUCAUCCGCACAAAAACCCAGAGACUGUGAGAUCAUAAAUUAAAAAUGAACCUUACCUCAGAUUUGUUGGACGUGAUGCUGAAGGCAUCGAACCUCUCUCGGUGGCAGUUCAUCCAGCACUACUCCAUCCCACCUCUGGUGGCUGUGCCCAGGCUCCCAGCUGCCCUGCUACCAGUAUUUGGUCUGCUGUAUGUGCUCAUCUUCGGGCUCGCUGUGGUUGGAAAUGGGGCUGUGCUGGUUCUCUUGUGCCGUAGGAAAGCACUGCAGUCCCCAAGCACUUUCUACAUCUGUUCGCUGGCAUUCAGUGAUCUUCUCAUUGGCAUUGUGUGUGUGCCUGCCUCGCUGUUCCAGCACUUCUUUAAAAACUGGCUGGCAGGUGACUUCCUGUGCAAGCUGGUCCCCUUCCUCCAAGUGACUGCCAUAGCAACCAGCAUCCUGUCCAUGACUUGUAUCGCUGUAGAGCGUUUCCAGGGAAUCUUGUAUCCUCUUCAUGUUCGUAACAGCUACAUCCUUCACAGCUCCAUCAUGAUGCUCGUGGCUGUGUGGAUGGUCGCGCUGGCAGUUGCAGCUCCGAUGUGGUUUGUCCAGAAAGUAGAGGUGAAAUACGACUUCCUGUUUGAUGUUCACCACACCAGUUGUCUGGAGGUGUGGCCAAGCCAGCAGUGGAGGCAGAGUUACACCGUAUGCCUAUCAGUGAUGUUUUUUUUGGUCCCACUGGUGACCAUCGCCAUCCUGUAUGGGAAGAUCAUGAGGGAAUUGUGGGGCAAACACCGCAUUCACGAGGCUGUGUUCCAAACACUUCCAGGGUCUGAGAUCAACAAGAUCACCAGGAGGAAGAGGAGGGCAGUGAAGAUGAUGGCCACAGUGGUGCUUCUGUUCGGUGCUUGCUGGGCUCCAUUUCACCUUGUAUCACUGCUGCUGGACUAUGAAAAGCUGAACCUGGACCUGGAUUCAGAGUUUCUAUUGCUAAGCUUGGUGCAGAUCUUAGGCUUCAGCAACUCCGUGUGCAACCCAGUGGUCUAUGCUGCCCUCAACACCAACUUCAAGAGGGAUUUGCUGGCCCUGCUCACGCAGAGGUGGAUACCCUGCUUCCGGAGAAGGCAGAUCCGGGUCGGCGUCUCCGUGACGGAACCGAGGAAUACCACCGAGAAGAUGGAGAGGAGAGCUGGGGUCCAGCCAUGGAGCAAAGUAGCUUGGGACACUGAAAAUAGUGUGGCACCAGUGACAAAUGGAGCAAGGUCCAAAUCCUUCAACCCGAUGAUCCUGCUUGGUGCCAUUUGGCCCAGUAACAACUCGGGCACCGUCAUUCUGAAUGUCACUGACCCCGUGCACAUGGAUGCUACCUAUCAGAAGACAGUGGGAAUUCCAAGUGGAUAA